AUGGCCAAUAACCAAAACCUCAGUUACGGCGUCGGCAAGAUUGACGCCGAAGGUGCCUUCACUGCCGAAAUCAAGAUUGCUCCCCGUGUCGGACUUGAAGACAUCUGGCAGGGUCAAUAUGGCGGCGCUCAAGUAAUGGGAAAGCGCCCAGGCAUGUACAUCAAGUACCUCCCUACGAAGUAUCACCCUAUCAACGGUGAUAUGCUGACUGGAGGCUGCUAUCUCUUCGACACGCUCGAAAAUGCAAAAGGCUACGAGGACUGGACCACAAACGAUUUCGAAGUGGGCGAGCCAAAGACGACCUAUUGGAAGCAGCCUUUGUUCAAACAUGUCGACUCUUUUGUUUGGAACGUCAUCGGGGCACACAACUUCACCCCAGUUGAAGAGCAUGGCAUCGGUCGUUUCCAGCGUUGGACUUACCACCAUGUUGGUGUUGAAGCCAUCUUGAAGCAGCUGUAUCCCGUCCUCAAAGACGGUGCCGAGAGAAGAGGAGCAGGCUCGUUUUGGCUCUUGCACCGACCGGAGGAUAAGAUGAUCGCUGUUCACAUGUCGUUCCCUAAGCCUGAAGAUGCCGAUCACGAGGCCCUGCGCGAAGAGGUCGAGGAUAUUGCGCGCGAACGAUCUGUUGCGGAUGUAUUUCCUGAUGCGCUUGAGGUAGAAGUGCUGCUGGACAGAACGAGCAUUUACUAUGCUGUUUGGCAGCCUUUGGCGCAGGGAGAUGGCGUCAAGGUUACAAGCCCAAACUUUCCGGAUAUUGCAAAGGCUUCGAAUGGGGCAGCUUAA